AUGUUGAUAUUGGUUGUUGAGCGAGGAAAUGCUAAAGACGGACACCCGGAGGCUCUGCGUGAGACUUGUCCCGGUCGACCAAUCAGCGACCCGGUGAUUCCCGCUGUUGCUUUUCGCGCCGGCUCGAAACUUCAAUUCAACCUCUCCGUUUGGCAGUACCUCGCUCGUCUGCAACUGGCUUUGCUCGUCUUCCUGUUUUUCUCGCCCUCCUCCCAUCUAAGUCAUCUACAGUCACAAUGGCCAGCGCUGGGCCUGAUCCGCAGAAACGCGGUAUACCUGACCACCAUUUUUGCCGGUGCCUUCGCUUUCGAGAUGGCCUUUGACACUGCUUCCAACAAGAUCUGGGAUACCAUGAACCGCGGUCGGCAAUGGAAGGACAUCAAGUACCGUUACAUGAACAAGGAGGAGGAAGAGGAAGAGUAG